UCCCUUUCCCUUUCCCUUUCCCUUUCCCUUUCCCUUUCCCUUUCCCUUUCCCUUUCCUACCAUACUGCUACUACCUAACCCUCACUCUUAUUAUCAAUUUAUCAACAAGCCUACCUCGACUCGAAUCUACGAGCCAAAUAGCACACAAGGCUGAUAUACCUCCGCUUAUAAGUGGUUUCUCCCUACCGAACAGCGAACACUUACCCGCAACCCAUCAAGGCAGGCUUACUGCCCUCGAAAGAAAGCGAUUGAUCGACUAUGCGACUCUAGCUCCUUGUCCAAUACAACACCGCCACAUAAUCAUAACAUCAACACACGGUCCGAUCCGAUCGAUCUCAGAGAAGAUGGUCGGUUUCUUCUCGAGGCUGAAGGGCAAGGAUGGCCCGACCGCUCUGACCAAGUCGAAGAAGGGACAGCAGGUGGCGUCGCAGGUCCUGCCCGCGAAGCCCAAAUGGUCUGAUGCCUGGACGCGCACCAGUGUUGAGGCGGAGGAGGUGCAGGAGCUGUUGAAGGGGUGCACGACCGAACUGAAGUCUAGAGCUCUCGAUGUCCCGUUUUUCCUACUCCCAUUCCGACCCACCUCAGACCCGAGCGCAGCGCGCACCUUCAUAAGGAAUUACUUCGAUGGGAAGCAGACUCUUCAGGGCAAUGAUCUGCUGCAAGAACUGCGCCUGACGGAGCCAAUAGUGCUGUGCAGCGUGGUGAAAUGGUGCUGGAGCAGAUUGGCAGGAGGUGUUGUAACGUGGGAUUCGUAUGAGAUGUUCAGAAUUGGAGAACUAGAUUCGGAGAUGGCUAGAGAUUCCUUCACUGCUUUCAUUCCUGUUGGCGCGGAUUCAGAUGCGCGCUCAAAGAUUAUAUUCGAUUUCUUCGAUCUGCUAGCUGCUGUUGCGGCGCAUGGAAAGAAAAAUGGUCUGGGAGGCCGAAAAUUGUCGAGGUUAGCAGGAUGGUGGGCGUUUGAUCAUGGGAAUAAAGGGGAGGGCUUCGAUGGGGGUUAUAAGGGCUGGUCUGCCGCGGCUGAUGCAACGAGCCAUUUGUUCUUCGCAUACCUUAGAUCGAUGUCGCCAGAGUCAGUUAAGGGCGUCAAUGGCAUCUCCACUCUGCCUAUCUCGCUGCAGAAGUUGGUACAUGAGACUGAGUACCCGCCAAUGACACCAACCCUCAUGCUGUACAGCACACCAAAGGUCGCCAUGAUUGUCGAAUCAGUGUCGCCAACCCCAUUCGCGCUACUCCGUCGCGCAAACAACUUCGUGUACAGAGAUGAGGAUCACGCUCUCCAGGAGUUCUCAAACUACGAUGAUCCCGUCAAGGCACUAUCGGAUGAGUGCAGAAGAGUUCUCAGGUCUAUUUCGUCCUCCAACCAAACCCAGGUCUCAAACUCAAAGAACUCCGCCGGGCUCAAGGAUGCCUCUUGGUCGAGGUUCGAGGACAUUGGAUUUUCCGGUGCCUUCGACGAGGCCGAAGAGGACCAAGAGGACCAAUUUAGCGCGAAGAGGAGAGAAAACGCGCAGAGCCUUCGAUCUGCGCCUCACUCAAAGACAAUGGAUAAGGGCCGACCCACAACCCCCUCAUGGGCGGACUUCCUCUCAUCUGGAUUUGUGGAUGAGAAGAUGAACAAUCCUACACCUCUUCUCCUCCCACCCGACAAGAUCCUCCCACCAAUUGAAACUUCCAGGGGACGCAGCUCGCAGUCGCACAGACCACGACUGGAAUCCGACCGCACGCUGGAGCCCGGAGAGCUUGCAAGCAUCACCAAAUUCGACCUCGACGAUUCCUUCUGGUGGGUCUGGAUCAGCAGUUUGGCUGGCGAAGAGACCGCCGAGCGCAAAGCGGCAUUCGGACGCUGCGCCCUCGUCGAGACCGUCAUUCCCCACGGAAAAUGGCUCGUCAUUGAGGAGCAGGUGAAGGGAGCUGCUCCGGCCCCCGAGGCGGGUGCUUAUAUGGCUGAGAAGAAGAGCCGAUUUGGCUGGACGAAGAGAGGGAAGGGUGUCUCGAGAUCGAAAUCGAUCACUACCAAGACCGAGGACAAGACUACCUUACACUCUCCUUUCGGCACCGCUCAAAGCACUGGCAGCAGAACCAACAUCGGCCCAGAUCAGUAUGCACGUAUCCAAGCCACGGCCGUUCAACUCCAGCAGAAGCAGCGCCAACAGGCUGCAGAGCAGGAGACCCAAGCCCGUCGCGGACGCGGAGAAUCUGGUUCAGGAGGCCACACGAAGACGAACAGCGUCCUCACCAUGCAGCCAGUGAUCAUGACUGAGCUCAGCCCCGCCAUGAAAUGGGCGCGCAAAUACGACAAAGACGCCGUCAGAGAGGCAUACCUCACCAACGACUCCACCGGAAAGGGUGCCCAAACAUACGGCAACGGCCACCUCAGGCCAGCCAACGGCGCAGCCGCUGAGCGCGACCUCCCCGCCAUCCCACCUACCGCAGCAGAGGACAUCAUCGCCCCCGCCGCGCUCCCACCCACUCCUCCCAAAGGGAACGCUGCGAUGAGCAACCUAGCCGCGGAGAAAGCCGCCGAGGUCGGUCUCCCAGUCGACGCCCACCCCGCCCAGCGUCCACGCCCCACCACGCCGCCGCUCAAGCGCAACCCAGCGUCGCAGAGCCAUCUGAUUACCCCCCCAAAGAAAACGCAGCAGCAGAGCCUGGCGCAGUUCCUCGAGACGACGGAGACGGGUAAUGGCACGGCGGCGAAGAACCCGGAGUCGCCUGACCAUAAUAAGCUUAAGAAGGCUGGUGGUGGGGGAUUCAAGAAGAUGUUUGGAAGGAACAAGAAUCGUGAUUCGUUCCAGUCUAAGCCGCCCUCUGCGGCGCCUGCCAAUGCUGCGGCUGUGGAGAAGGCGCAGGGUCAACUGCAGUCUGGUGGUGCGACGCUUGGACGCCGCUUCUCCGGCUUCAGGAAGAAGAGCCAGCAAGAUGUGUCGUCGUUCGGCAAGCCCGCUGCUUCGUUGACGGCGAGCCAGGCACCAGCGAGCAUCGCGGAGAGCGAAGACAGGACGCCCACCCAACCCCCUGAGAUCGGCGCGGCGCAGCAUGCGUUUGGGCAAGAACGCUCUUACAACCCAUCUGUCCAGGAAUCUCUCUCCCGCGUCGACACAGCGGACGCCCACGAAGCGCGCCAAGCAUUCUCAAGCUUCGACCAAGGCCCCCUCGAAGACGUGCCCGCUUUUGCACCUGAGGCAUCCCUGGAGGCGUCACCGAGACGCAGCCUUGAUAACGCUGCUGCUGCGGCCCCGACCGGGAAAUCUCCAGCUGUAUUGGCGGCGAUAGAGAAGUUGGAGAAGAAGAACCAGGCUGCUGUGCUUACGAAGGCGCCCAAGACCCCCGCGGGGGUGGGUAAGGUAGAGGUGGGGGAGGAGGAGAAGACGGUCAGUCCGGUGGGGGAUCGGUGGGCGCAGAUUAGGAAGAAUGCGGCGGAGAGGGCGGCAGCGAGGCAUAGUGAGGAUCAGAAGAGUGCGGGGACGGAUGGGGAUGGGGGGGAGACUAGUGGGGAGGAGACGAUUGAGAGCCGUGUCGCGAGGAUCAAGGCUAGAGUCGCGGAGUUGACGGGGAAUAUGGAGAAUGGCGCACCUACAGUCGACAGCCGACAGCCCUGCUCGUCGAUAAAGGGUCCCUCCUCCGCCUCUCUCUCUUGAGAGGGUUUAUAUAUACGGAACACCUUCGCCUGUAACGAAGCCUACUUUACAUACCCACCACCGACCUCAUAGUAUAUACGGCUGCGGGAUUUUCUCACAUACGUUUUUUCGUUGUUCGCAAGCAGACUAUACCACUGCGCGCCAUCUACGACGACUACCGUUGUCAUUGGAUGAACAACAUUCACAUACACAUACACACCGAUCUCAUUUCCUUUACUCCUGCGAUACGGAAGUUUACCCUCUCGUCUUCAUUUCAUGAUUGAUACCUAGGCCUCCUUUCACCAGCGAUCGUUUUCACAUCUCUCUCUUUCUCUGCGUGUCGUGCCUUUUUGUUGUUAAUACCAGAGUCUCUGUUUUCGUUUCUUUUUCAUUUGCUUGAUCUGUUUUUUUGUGGGGGUUGGGUGGUUUGUUGUAUGGCUGGGGUGGGAAGAUAUGUUUUGAAGGGG